AUGGGACGGUCGACCACUGAGGCCAUUCAUAUUGUGAGGAGAUUGGUGGAGCAGUAUAGGGUGGUGAAGAAGGAUUUGAAUAUGGUAUUCAUUGACCUGGAAAAAGCCUAUAACAAAGUCCCGAGAGAGGUUCUAUGGAGCUGUUUGGAAACUGGAAGAGUGCAUGUAGCGUAUAUUAGUGCGAUUCAGGAUAUGUAUGAUGGAGCUAAGACACGAGUUAGGACAGCAGGAGGAGACUCUAACUAUUUUUCGGUUGAGAUGGGGUUGCAUCAGGGAUCAAUACUUAGCCCGUUUUUAUUUUCCCUGGCGAUGGAUUUAUUGACGUGA